GAUUUACCAGUCAGGCGACUCUGUGGAUUCAGACUGAUGGUCAGUAUGAAUCCUGCCUCGUAUCAGAGGGAAUCAAUGAGAAGAAUCAGAAGGAACAGCAAGACCCUCCUUCAGGAUCUCUUUUACAGAGGAGUCCAUGGAGGAGGCCGAGACACUCCUAUCCCAGCUCAGCCUGCCAGGGAUGAGAAAAUGAUCCACUCCAUCGCCAGUCUGAUCAGAGCAAAGAGCAAACUCCUCCUCCUCGAGAACCCCGACACUGUGGAGAUCUACAAGUUGGAUGAUUCAACAGCCCGAUCCAGUAGAAAUGGUAAAGACGAUGUUUACCUCCCAGCCAUUACAACAAAAGCAUCAAGUCUCACCUCGAUCAGAGGGACUCUGAGUCAGUCCUGCCCUUACCUGUACGACAAAAGACGAGGAUCGUUCUCCUCUGUCACCUCUCAGAGAACAACGAGUCACCCUAAAAAACAGAGUAACCUUAAAGCACAAAAAGAGGCAAAGAAAUCAAACGUCGCCGUGACAAUGACCUACCUGGGACAAGGUCAUCAGGGGUCCCGGUCAGGGUCAACUCGGGAUGAACUGAAGGUUCUCCAGCAGGUCAAUGGAGGGGAGAAUAUCUGUGUCUUCAAAGGGCUGGUGGCUGCAGGAGAGCAGUUCCAGUUUGUCUCUCAACGGCACAGAGGUUUCCCCUUUAGCACUACCUUGUACGUCAAUGGCAUCAUGGUGGCCAGGAUCAGCUCCUGCUGCGAGUACCGCUAUGCGCCGGGCUUCCAGCAGGGCAGGAGGAGCUGCUUCAGACUGACGUGGCUCGCUGGUGGGAUGCCGUGCUACAAAUGUACAAGUCUCCGUAACAAAUACAGCUCCUGCCAACAGCUGAACAACGGCACAAAGCAGAACUUAAUUCUCUCUCUAGAGCACAGCCCUGGCAACGCAGGCACUGUGGAGUCAUGCCCAUCAUCCCCUUUGUUCAUCCCAGCCAAACUGGAGAAGAAGUCCGGGAGGAGGACAAAAAAAGACAUAAAGGAAGGCGGCGGAGGAUCUACAGACAGCGAAGACCUGGCUGUUGCAGGGAUUAAAGAGACGGGCAAGAGUAAACGACGCAAGGGUCAAAGUAAUCAGAAACAGAGCACAGGCAAGACGGGCGACAAAAAGAGUGAUGAAAAGAGAGACAGAGAGGGCUCAGAGGUUUCGUUGAGGCCGGCAGUGGUGGAAGAAUUUGAAGACCGAGCAUCAUCUGAACAAGAAGUAAGACCGAAGAAAGCAAGCAGCAAGGUUACAGUUCUGAAUUCAUUGCAGGAUGAAAAAGCACUGACUAAGCAGAACGCAGAGAAGCAGAAGCACCCGGGAUCAAAUGGGAAAAACAGAGACGGGGAAGGACCGAAGGACUUCUACGAAGAAUGUGUGGAAAUGAGCACCGUGUUGGAGCAGGGCCAAAACAAACACAACUGGUUCAAGGCAAACAUCCUGGAGAGGUGCCGGCUGCAGAAGAGGCUGUCAUCGGGCCCCAAAGCUGCGGGCUCAGAUGUGGAGCUCAGUGCUGAAAGUGACGCCGUCCUACAGCCUGAUGGAGAGCCAGAGGAGGACGAGGAGGACACGGCCAGCCAGAGUGCUGGCAAACAGGAGGCUGUUAGAGAACAAGACUUGCAGGUGCAGCUCGACGCCAUGAUGACCGUGCUGAGCACAUCCGAUCAGGUGGAGCAGCUGGUUCUGAGAAACACAGACCUGACUGACGACCAUCUGCUGAGCCUGGCGGGGUCCCUGAAGCGCAGCCUGUCCGAGGUCACGCUACUCAACCUCAACCUCAACCUCAUUGGUCCAUACGGUGCUCACAUCCUGCUGGACGUUCUGCGAGUGAAGCCUCAAGUCAGAGGCUUACACCUGUUUGGAAACAAACUGCGAGACCAUGGAGUGCUGACCCUGUUGAGUGGAAUAGCCGAGCUGCAGCAACAAACAGCUUCAGCUUUUGCUGCCAUCCAGCAGGCACUGCUUUUUCCAUCAGAGCAGAAUAUGGCGCAGCUCCCCACUGGAUGGCGCUCAUUCAGGGCUUUUGCACUUUUAGAACUCGAUAUCGGGGGAAAUGGCUUGAGCAGCGAGGGGGUAAGGGUGUUAGCGUCAUACAUAAGGCACCACUCGUACCUUCAGUACUUAGGGCUGGCACAGACCAGCGGCGCAGAUCUGGCGGCGUGGAAGGAGCUUUUCGACAGCCUCAAAGGAAACACAUCACUGACUCAGAUCAACCUCGACGAGAACAACUUAGGUGACCCAGGGGUCCGGCUGUUGGCUGACAUGCUGAAAGAGAACACAAGUCUGCAGCAGGUGGAUCUGGACAGGAAUGGGAUCAGUGAUGUUGGAGGAAACGACAUCAUGGGGGCGUUGCUUUGUAGAAUGCAGUUCCCGCUGAGGCAUCUGAGCCUUCAGGAGAACAGCAUCAGUGCGGGACUCAUAAGUAGGAUACAGGAAGAGGUAAAAUAAUUCAUGAGUGGGAGAAUACACUCCCAAACCAUGAGAACAUAAUGCAAAAUAAUAAACAAAGCACUGACUUGAGGGCUCAGAGCAUUCUCUGUUUACAUUUUGAGGUCAGAAUGGGAGAAAACCUGACUCAUUUGACUUGCUUGACCUUCAAACACACACAUAAAGAUUUUCCUUCCUGUAACUGGGUGGCCAUGCUCACAAAUGCUGCAUCUUAGUUUAGCCCAGGUAGGCAGUGUAGGAGGCAUGUUUGCUUUAGGGCAGCACUGUGGUCUGGAUGCGUUUUCAAAGAGCUCUCAAUAAAGUGAACCUUUCUUCUUUGUGGUGAGGUUACAUCUUCACCUUGAGUUUUUUUCUUCUUCUUCCCACCAGCGUUACCCCUCGUGAACCCACACCUCCUGCUUUGCUAAAACCGACUUCAGCACAAGGCUCUCUGAACCCGCUGUCGUUUUUUUAUUGACUAAUUUGCUGCCUCCUGACAAAAAGAAACCGCAGUGAUUCAUUCCACCCACAGUAUUCACAGGUCACGAAUGACUUACCCUUGACUUUUAUCCAUCCAAAACAUUUCAGUAGCCAUCAUCAGAUCCCUUCUCUGCACCUCGACGAAAAAACAACAGUAAUUGACAGCUAAGCCACGACACGUAAACUACUCUCAUUUUGUCUCCAGACAGAGCUUCUAUUCAGAAUCUAAGCACGACGGGAGGAGGGAGAAAAACUAGGGCAAAAUCGUUUGUGAAUUCUGAAGCCGUCAUCUCAUUGUUCUAUCAACGCAGACAUUCUGAGAAUAACUGUACCUGUGAUCAAAGCUUGUCAAAGUGGUAAUUAUCUCCUCCUCUCAGGGCUGCCAGCAGUGAUUCUGCUGAAACCAAUCCCUCCAUAUUUCAUCUGAAGUCUUCACGAAUUCCUUUCUGUGGAACACCGAUAAAGACGUUUUCCGAAAGCCCCAUGAGGAUGACAGAUAAAUGAGACUGGCGCACCUGAAGAUUACAUCUGCAGAAGUCAUCCUGCGCUGCCGUAUCAGACUGAAUAAGCUUCUAUUUGUGGUGUUGUGGCAGCACAGAUUUCAAGUAAAAAGAUGUCUAGUCUAGGUUGUCCUAUUAUGUAAGGUCAAUUCUUUGUAGCGAAACUUCUGCAAAUGACACAGACAAGAUUUUGUUAUCAGCACUAAAGAGAGCCGACAUUUCUUUUCUCUUUGGCUGCUGAUCUUCUAUAAGAUCUCAACAACCACAUUUGUAGUAGAUUGAACACAAACCUAAGUGGUACACAAUCAUGCCUGGCUGAGCAUAAGCUGGCAACAAGAGCCGUACUGUAAUUCGUUGUCAAGUACGGUGAGGCCUCCAUGCUUCUCUGUUACAAGUAAAACUCAGAUCAGUGACCCCAUUGUCCCUCUGCAAAUGUUAUCUGUAUUUGGCCUGAAACAAAUCCUGCAGUGUUGCAAGCUUCUUUCAACCACUCUUCCCAAAACAAGACCUUAAAUCAUAUGAACAAAAUCUGUGAGGAAUUCACAAGUUAACACAGGGAACAGUUUCCCCUUGUUGGCCUUUUAGGUAUUCGACCUCUACAGUAUCUGCUUUAGCAGUACAGGAAAGGACUUGCUGGGGCGCAGAUGGCCUAGCGGUUAGGUCGCGCCCCAUGUACGGAGGCUAUAGUCCUCCAAGCGGCCAGCCCAGGUUCAAGGUCAACCUGUGGCUCCUUUCCUGCAUGUCAAUCCCCAAUCUCUCCCGAUUUCCUACUCUAUCCA